CCGGGGUUUUUGGACCAACAUUAGAAGACCCGAAGGGGAACUGCAGCCAUGAAUGAAGAAAAUAUAGAUGGAACAAAUGGAUGCAGCAAAGUUCGAACUGGUACUCAGAAUGAAGCAGCACUGCUUGCUCUGAUGGAGAAGACUGGUUACAGCAUGGUUCAAGAGAACGGGCAGAGGAAGUUUGGUGGUCCUCCUCCAGGUUGGGAAGGUCCACCUCCUCCUAGAGGCUGUGAGGUUUUCGUAGGAAAAAUCCCUCGUGACAUGUACGAAGAUGUUCCUGUAUUUGAAAGAACUGGGAAGAUAUAUGAAUUUCGACUUAUGAUGGAAUUUAGUGGUGAAAAUUGAGGUUAUGCUUUUGUGAUGUACACUACAAAAGAGGAAACCCAGUUAGCCAUCCGAAAUCUUAAUAAUUAUGAAAUUCGACCUGGGAAGUUUAUUGGUGUAUGUGUAAGUUUGGAUAACUGCAGAUUAUUUAUUGGAGCGAUUCCCAAGGAAAAAGAAGAAAUUUUGGAUGAGAUGAAGAAAGUUACAGAAGGCGUUGUGGAUGUCAUUGUUUAUCCAAGUGCUACUGAUAAGACCAAAAAUCUUGGUUUUGCAUUUGUUGAAUAUGAAUCUCACAGAGCUGCUGCUAUGGUGAGAAGAAAAUUAAUUCCAGGGACAUUUCAGCUAUGGGGUCAUCCCAUUCAAGUAGAUUGGGGACCAGAAAAAGAGGUUGAUGAGGAAACCAUGCAGAGAGUGAAAGUUCUCUGUGUGAGAAAUUUAAUGGUCUCAACAACAGAGGAAACAAUUAAGUCCGAAUUCAAUAAAUUCAAAAAUUUAGGCGCAGUGGAGCGAGUGAAGAAACUGAGAGAUUAUGUGUUCGUGCACUUUUUCAACCGAGAAGAUGCAGUGGCCGCCAUGUCCACGAUGAACGGAAGGUGCAUUGAUGGAGCUGGCAUCGAGGUGACCCUGGCAAAGCCGGUCAACAAAGAGAACACCUGGAGGCAGCACCUGAAUGGUCAGAUCAGCCCCAAUCCUGACAACCUCAUUGUGUUUGCUAACAAAGAAGAGAGCCACCCCAAAACUCUAGGCAAGCCACCAACGCUCCCAGCUCGGCUCAAUGGUCAGCAUAGUCCAAGCCCCCCUGAAAUGGAGAGGUGCACAUAUCCGUUCUUUCCCAGAACAAAGCUUACUCCCAUUAGUAUGUAUUCCUUAAAAGCCAAUCAUUUCAACUCAGCUGUCAACACAGCUUUCAUGAAUUUGGGUUACUACUGCAACAAAAAUAAUUGGGCUCCACCAGAAUAUUACUUAUAUUCUACAACAAGCCAAGAUGGGAAAGUACUUUUGGUAUAUAAGAUAGUUAUUCCUGCGAUCGCAAACGGAUCCCAGAGUAACUUCAUUCCAGACAAGCUGUGUACUACCAUAGAAGAUGCAAAGGAACUAGCGGCCCAGUUCACAUUACUUCAUUUGGGUAAUAAUGCAUUAGAAGAUAGUGGUUUCUUGAGAAUGAAUAAUAAGGAAAAGUCUCCCACUAAGGAUGAUAAUUGCUUCUUCACUAGAAUAGGCAAAACUCUUGACUUUAACUUGUCAUAUUUAUCUUUCUGACUUAACAUAAUUCCUUCUAGCUCUGUCCAAGAUGGGUCAGAGAAGGUGGGUUCAUUGUUCUUGAUAGCUGCAUAGUAUUCCAUUGUGUAUAUAUACCACAGCUUUCUUAGCCACUCAUCUGUUGUUGGGCACCUGGGUUGCUUCCAGGUUUUAGCUGUUAUGAAUUGUGCUGCUAUGAACAUAGGAGUACACACCUCUUUUUGGU